AUGCUGACAGUAAGUCAAGCUUUUGUAGUCCUGACCAUUUUUUUGUUAACAACUGUUGAGUUUUUCAAACUGCAAAAGGCAGGCAAGCAAUUCCCUCCUGGACCAACUCCUCUCUCACUGCUUGGAAACUUGCUGCAUCUGAACUUUCAGUCUCAUCGGGACCUUCUGUUACAACUCGCAAAAACUUACGGUAACGUAUAUACUUUGUGCUUCAGCUGGGCCCCAGUGAUCAUACUGAAUGGAUUUCAAGCAGUGAAGGAUGGCAUGACUACGCACCCUGAAGAUGUUUCUGGGCGGAUGGUGGCACCUUUCUUCAGAGCAAUGGCCAAAGGAAAAGGUAUACUGACAAGUGGUCGCGCCUGGGAACAGCAGAGAUGCUUUGGUAUAAUGACUCUACACAGUCUGGGAAAGGGAAAGAAGUUUCGAGUGCAAGAGAAGGCCUCUCACCUGGUGGAGUUGUUUAUGAACCUAAAAGGAAGACCUGUGGAUCCUUCUUUCCCUCUUUUCCAUUCUGUUUCAAAUGUAAUUUGUACUCUGGUUUUUGGAUAUCACUUCUCUGAUGGGGACAAAACCUUCCGGGAACUGAUCAGUGCCACGGAGAAUUUAUUCAGCUUUGCAGGCAGCUUUGUUCAGCGGCUGCACAAAAUCAUCCCCUGGUUGAUGUGCCAUCUCCUGGGUCCUCAUAAGAAAGUAUUACCUUGCUAUGAUGUCCUGAGCUCUUUUGCAAGGAAGGAGAUCAGAAGACACGUAGAGAGAGGGAUACCAGACGAACCGCAGGAUUUCAUUGACUUUUACCUGGCUGAGAUAGAGAAAGGCAUUAUCAUUAUACCAAAUAUAGCAUCUGUUCUGUAUGACCCUGAGCAAUGGGAGAUACCUCGACAGUUCAACCCUGGCCAUUUUCUGGAUAAAGAAGGAAACUUUAUACCUCGAGAAGCCAUUUUACCAUUCCCAGCAGGGCACCGUGUGUGUUUGGGGCAGCACCUAGCGAGGACCGAGCUCUUUAUUUUCUUUGCCAACCUGCUGCGGGUGUUCACCUUCCGGCUCCCUAAGGGGGUGACAAAGGUCAACACAGAGCCUGUUUUGGGGG